AUGGAGGCGCCGGUGAAGCGGAAGGUUACCGCGAAGGUAUCAUACAACGACAUGAACCGGGCGCGUUCGACCCUCGCGUCGUCGCCCAAUAUCCCUCGCGCACCGUCGCCACUCAAGAGCUACAACUCAUCUCCAGCCACGACACAACCGAUACGACCCCGAGCGAAGGUGAACACCAGCGCCACGCCCAUGCGCAAGACCGUCAGCGGAACGAGCAGCCUCGCAUCCCCAAUUGUCCGUUCAGCAACCCCUGCCCAUGACAGGCCUCCUAUCAGCCGCUCCUCUUCACCUGCACGGAGCGCCCUCUCUCCCAGGCUGGGCCCGGCGUCGCGCGCUCCCGGAUUCACGCGCUCCCAGCCGCAAUCCGUGCCGUCAACGCCAACUCUCAGGCCGACGCUGUCUCCCGAUCCCAACAACAACCACCAUAGAGCACAUCACCAGAGUAUCUCCUUCCGAACCGGUGAACUGCCGGAGGAGAGGGCGGGCUCGGACGUGGACUAUCAGCCCGCACCUGCACCCGCGAGCGGCGUCAUGCGCAUCAAGGCGAAGCUCACGAACAGUGCCAAGGUGCAGCCAGAAGGCCUCUCCGUCUCGCCGUCAUCAGCAUCUGCGAUCGGUCGUCGGCGCGUGCACUCGAUAUCGUCGAACACGUCGCAGUCGACCGUGGCCUCCCAGUCAGCCGCGUCCGCCGUCGCGUCCUCGUCUCGGCCCGAUGCCCCAUCAUUAUACCCCAUCACUACCUCAGCCCCCGCGGCCAAUCCGCACAGGUAUGGGUCGUGGAGCAGGGCAUCGGCAUCCGACUACCGUCACAGCUACCAAUCAUUCUCGCGACCUCAUGAUGAGUCCUCGUCGACAGUGAAUCAUAACCGCAGGAUCAGCGCAAGGGUUGACCCAUCGCAGAUUGCGAACCUCAAUGCAAAGGUUGACCCUACGACUAUCCCUCUCCCACCCCACUCACCACCGACGUCGGCCGUGUCAUUCUCGUCCAGGUCAUCUAUCUCGCGCUCCUCGCUUUCAAUGCGAACGGACUCGGAUGACAGUGCAAGCAGUGCAUCUACGCGCCACGACGGGACUAAGUCGCGAAGUUCGGGUGAUAGCGGCCAUGGGCAUGAGUCUGAUGAAUCGGAACGCCAGGAGCGCAGAGAGGCGAAGUCCAAUCGGAAGAUUGCAGACCUUGAGAUUACGAACAAGUCCCUGCUCGCAAUCAACGCCUCGUUGGAGAAGACGAAGAAUCGUCAGGCGAAGGAGAUACGUGACCUGAGGCGCAAGCUCCGCGAGUCGCGUCUUAUCCUCCCGCCACGCGCGUACCGUGCUGUCUCGAAGGAUGAAGCCGCCGACGAGAAGGAGGACGAGGAGGAAGAAGACGACGAAGAAGAGGAGGAACUGGAGGAAGAAGCGAACAAGGACGAGGCGUUCAUGCGCUUACGAGCCGCGAUAGACGGGCUCAUAGACUCGGGCAAACGUGCCCUGGAGUCCAAGCCGGAGGUGGAGCACAAGACGACGAAAGUGCUCAGCGCAGAGGAGGUGCAGAGCUGGCGAGUCGCCCAUGGCGAUGAAGAUGGACCGGGGCCCGACGACUCGUUCGCAGACGACUCCUUCUCGGUGGCCAACGAGAGCCUGGCGAACGACAGCAUCACAACGAUGUCGGAGGACGAAGUCGAGGCCAUGACCGCGCCGUCCAGAAGCGUGACGCCUGACACCCGUCCACCGAUACUCGUGACGACCCCGCCACUAUAA